UUAUUCACAGCGUGGCUAAAUAAUUUAUCGAAAAGAAAAGCCAUACACCAAUGAAGCAAAAACGGGGGAAAAGUUCAUAACGCAAACGCAUUUAAAGAACGAAACCAACGGUAAUGAGCUACUUAACUUUCAGAUCUGUUUCAAAGCACUCUAUUCUUUCUCUUGUAGAUUCUCGUGCCUGUCUUAAAGAGCUCAAGCAAAUCCACACCCAACUUCUCAUUAACGGCUAUCUCAACGACCCUCAUUUUCUAGGCCAAUUUGUGGCUGCCAUUGCCCUCAAAAGCCAUAAUCUUGAUUAUUCCAAUCUUGUCCUUCACCAAUGUCACACCCCGACUCUCUUUGCCUUGAAUUCCAUGAUCAGAGCCCACUCUAAAUCCUCUACUCCUCAAAACAGCUUUCACUUCUUUAAUGAAAUCCUCCGUUCUGAUAAACGUAUUUCGCCUGAUAACUACACUUUUAAUUUCCUCGUUCGAGCCUCUGCGCAGCUUUUGGCAAGGGGGACUGGCCCGUCUGUCCAUGGCUUUCUUAUAAAAUAUGGGUUUGAAUUCGAUUCACAUAUUCAAAGUGGAUUGAUCUUUAUGUAUGCUGAAUUGGGUUGUUUAGGUUCGUGUCACCAGGUGUUUGAAUCAAUUCCUAACCCAGAUUUGGUCUGUCAAACAGCGAUGGUGAGCGCGUUAGCCAAAUGUGGCGAUAUUAGUUUUGCGAGAGAAUUGUUCGAUUCAAUGCCUCAGAGGGACCCCGUUGCAUGGAGUGCAUUGAUUGCUGGGUACACACAGUGUGGGCAAUCAAGGGAUGCAUUGCGUUUGUUUAAUUUCAUGCAAUUAGAGGGUGUCAAGGUUAAUGAAGUGUCAAUGGUUUCAGUUUUAUCUGCCUGUAGCAAUUUAGGUGCUUUGGAUCAUGGGAGAUGGGUCCAUGGGUAUAUUGAGAAAAAUAUGAUUCCAUUGACGGUGAUAUUAGGGACUGCACUCAUUGAUAUGUAUGCAAAAUGUGGGGACAUGAAUAAAGCAAUGGAAGUGUUUUGGGGAAUGAAGGAAAAGAAUGUUUACACAUGGAGUAGUGCCAUGAAUGGGCUGGCGAUGAAUGGAGCCGGUGAUAAGUGCCUCGAACUAUUUUCCCUCAUGCAAAAUGAGGGGGUUUUGCCCAAUGAGAUAACUUUUCUUUCGAUUUUAAGGGCUUGUUGUGGGCUUGGAUUGGUUGAGGAUGGCCAUAUGUAUUUGGACGCAAUGAGAAAAGAUUAUGGGAUUGAGCCUCUACUUGAGCAUUAUGGAUGCAUUGUUGAUUUGUAUGGUCGAGCUGGGCGCUUAGAUGAAGCCUUAAAUAUCAUCAAUGACAUGCCAUUGAAGCCUCAUACUGGUGCUUGGGGUGCUUUGCUCAAUGCUUGUAAAACGUACAAAAAUAUGGAAUUGGGUGAACUUGCCUCGAGAAAAAUAAUUGAAUUAGAAAGCAAGAAUCAUGGGGCCUAUGUUCUCUUAUCAAAUAUAUAUGCUGAUUCAAAGAAAUGGGAAAAGGUUGAUAAUGUGCGCCAAGUUAUGAAGGUCAAUGGUGUAAGGAAACAGCCUGGUUGUAGUGUUAUAGAGAUUGAUGGUGAAGCUCAUGAGUUUCUUGUUGGAGAUAACUCCCACCCAAAGUAUGGUGAUAUUGAGGUCGUGUUACAAGAUAUUUCUAAGAGGAUGAAAUUAUCAGGUUAUGCGACUAAUUCUGAUUCUUUGCUGUUUGAUAUUGAAGAAGAGAAGGAGCUUUUAUAACAAUGAGAAUUUUGCUUUUGCAUUUAGUUUCAUCAACCAGAAAGGAAGAUGUUCCAAUUAGGUUUCUGAAGAACCGCAACAUUUAAUUGGGAUUUUCAUGGUAUUAUAAAACAAUUAAUCUAAUUUUUGA